AUGGCCCUCGUCCUCCAAACCGCAACCUUUGCCCACCAGUAUCUCAACUCCUUCCUCUACUCCCAGCCCAGGAAGUCCGCCGACGCCCUCAAACUAGGCGUCUUGUCGUCUGCUCAGAUCAAUGCGGCAGCCAUAAUUCACCCCGUCGAAACGCACCCGCACAUAACACUGUACGGCAUCGCCUCUCGCAACCAAAGCACUUCACAGUCCCAGGCGAAGAAAUACCACUUUAAGCAGGCUUAUGGGUCGUACCAAGCUCUUUUGGACGAUCCCGAGAUCGACGUGGUUUACAUCUCUACGCCAAACGGGCAGCACUUCGAGUGGACCACGAAAGCAAUCAACGCAGGCAAGCAUGUCCUCUGUGAGAAGCCGUUUAUGAGUAAUGGCGAGGAGGCGAGGAAAGUUGUCGAACUGGCAAAGGAGAAGGGGGUAGUUGUUGAGGAGGCGUUCCAUUGGCAAUUCCACCCUGCCGCACACCGAUUCCGCGCUCUCCUCGAAUCAGGAGAGUAUGGACGGGUUCUGCGCACCAAGGCGCUCAUGACUGCAUCACCAGGUGUGCCAGAAGGCGAUAUCCGAUGGCAAUAUGAUCUAGCUGGUGGAUCAGCAAUGGACAUGACCUAUGCGCUGUCAUUUACGCGGUACGCACUGGAAACAUCUCACCCAAAGCAUAUCCACAGCGUAGCUAUGAAGCCAUACAACCAUGAUCCCCGCGUCGACGAGGCCAUGUACGCAUAUCUCACCUUCGAAGCCUCGUCCAAUGUCGGCGGCGGCGACGUCCAGAGCCAGAUCUAUACGGACAUGGCGCGGUCCUGGACGCUAGGUAUCAUCCCACGGUUCUGGGAAUACCCGAGCAUCGAGGUUGAGACGGAGAAGGCAAUUAUCUACUUCUACAACGCAAUGAUGCCGCAUCUUUACCACUAUAUCAGUGUCAAGGAGAAACUGACGGGGAGAGUUAGUACGUAUCGGCAGUAUGCGGGAGGUCCCGUCUGGGGUUCCCAUGAAGUGAGUGUUGGUGGGAAAGGAGGGAAGAGCGGGUGGAGCACGUAUCGGUGGCAAUUGGAAGCGUUCGUGGAGAAGGUCCGUGGGGGCAAUCCGCCGGUUUGGGUUGGGAAUGAGGAAAGUGUGGUACAGAUGGAGGUUAUUGAUCAGUUGUAUAAGGCCGCGGGAAUGCCGGUAAGGGGAGAAAAGACUGGAUCACAGAGUGGGGACCGGGAGAAGAGGGGGUAG